UGGUACUUUGCAGGUGCUCUGGGCCAUCCAAAAUCAGCAGCUCAGACCAAGAAAGGCGUCAACUUUAAACCAAUUUUCUCAUGAUAUACGCCCCGUCCUCAAAAAUUGGUCCAUGGCGUUUCCUUUGGGAUUGAUUUGCCAGGCGAAACGUCGAAACGCAUUCCUCGAACUGGUGAAACGAUCGCACGAUUCGUUCGAGCUGGGAUCUGCCGGAGAGUCGCAGAAUCGCGUGUCUUGGAGUCAUGGGAGAGGAAAUCGACGAGCUGAAGCAGAAGGAGGUCGUGAUAAUCCUUCGAACGAUCGGCCCCGCUCGCCCAUCUCGCCUCCCCGUCCCUUCACCUGUUAAAGUGCAUGAUCUAAGGAAACUGAUUGCUGAAAAGAGUCAUUUACCAAUUGGAGAUUUGAGGCUUAUUUUGCGAGGGAAAGUACUGGAUGGCACAAAGGAUGGAGAUGAUAUGUGUGUGGAACUCGUAGACGGUGAUUCUUUAAUCGCUGCUGUGAAACCAAAGGCACCGGUUAAACAUUCUCAUGACGGAGUAGAUACUGAUGAUGAUGAAGAUGAUUUGUUUCAUCUUCCUCAAUCAUCUAGUUGGUGGAAGAGGAAAAUGUUCAACCUUUUACAUGACAAGUUGAAGCUACCUGACAUUCUUUUGAUGGCAAUUUUUACUUUGAGUCUGAAGACGUGGGCCUUUAUGAUCUUGUGGUUUAUCUUGGCACCUGUUGCUUAUAGAUGGGACCUCGGACCUUUAUAUAUACUUGCCACUGGAUUUGCGAUAAUUCUUUUGAAUCUUGGGAAACGGCAAUCCGGUGACCUCAGCGCAUACUCCAUCUUCAAUGAAGGUUUCAGAGAGCUUCCUGGAACUCUCAAUGCGGACCGUCUUGAUAGAGGCAUACGGACGGGGCAAAUCUGAGCCUGUCAUGCGGAGCUCCUAUAUGUAAUCCUGCUCAAAUCUUGACUUGAAGAUUGCACGCCGUUGCAGCUCAGUUUUGUGAAGAUGUCAGAUAACAGCCAAGUGUGUCCCGUUUCAAUUGUUGCGCAGAUACAGUAAACCGAGCAUGACAAACCAUUGACCAAAGCAAUGUCAUUUGCACUUUAAGACUUUGUCUUUCCAAAAAGCCAUAUUUCUACUUUUUGUGGAACUGUGACUACCGUAAAUCAUGAAGGGUUGGAGCGUGCAACAGGACCUUGGUGUAACCAAGGGAAUGAGAACCUCUUGGUAUAUACUUUAUCCAAAACCUUAAAAUUUUCUUGUGGACA